GUAAGCUGCUCAAGUGAAAAUUUCAAGUUUCAAGCACAGAGAGGAGGAGGAAUGCAGGAACAGAGUUCAACGAUGGCUGGGGUUGGGGAGCAGCAGCAGCAGGGAGUUGUCAUGCCCCGAGUGAAACUGGGUACUCAAGGACUCGAGGUAAUCUUCAAUUCUAAGUCCAUAGUUCUCCAAAAUAAGGUAAAGCUUUCUAAUUUUGUGAAGAUGUUAAUCAAGAAAAAAGUUGCCAUAUCAAUCAUCAAGCAUGCAUUUCACAGUGGGAUUACUUUCUUUGAUACUUCAGAUAUCUAUGGAGUUAAUACUAAUAAAGUAUUAGUCGGAAAGGCUUUGCAGCAGCUACCCCGGGAGAUGGUUCAAUUAGCUACUAAAUUUGGUGUUGUGAAAUUGCAUUCGAAUGGUGUCAUAAUAAAGGGUAAUCCAGAAUAUGUCCGUUCCUGUUGUGAGGCUAGCCUGAAUCGCCUUGGUGUGGAAUAUAUUGAUCUUUAUUACCCACACAGGAUUGAUACAACAGUACCAAUAGAAGAUACUAUGGGUGAACUUAAGAAGUUGGUGGAAGAAGGAAAAAUCAAGUACAUUGGGUUAGUUGAGGCAAGCCCUGAAACCAUUAGGAGAGCUCAUGCAGUUCAUCCCAUUACCGCUUUGCAAAUGGAUUGGUCGCUCUGGACACGUGAUAUUGAGGAAGAAAUAGUCCCACUUUGCAGGGAACUAGGAAUUGGGAUGGUUCCAUACAGCCCUCUUGGUCGUGGACUUUUUGGUGUCAGAGCUGUGGUGGAAAGAAUACCUGCAUAUAGUUUUCUGAUGCAUCCAAGGUUUCAAGGAGAGAACUUUGAAAAGAACGAGAUCUUUUAUUCAUGCAUAGAAAAAUUGGCUGAAAAGCAUGGAUGCACUCCUGCACAACUUGCACUUGCUUGGGUCCUUCAUCAAGUUAAAGAAGUUCAAAGGAUUCUCAUAAUGAAUCAUACUCCAAGGGAGGGGCAAGGUGAUCAAGAAGAGAUGCAACAGCCACCUCAUUUGGAUGCAGGUUGCUCUCCUCUAGCCUCUUUGUGAAGACCUUCAAGGGAUAUGCCAUUUAAUACUUUAAGAGGAUCAAUUACAUUUCCCAGAGACUUUGACAUCUUACGGCCAUGCGCAUCACGUAUCAUAGGGUGCAAAUAAACCUCCAUAACAUUA